AUGAUCGACGAUUACCGGGUAGACAAUCGUUCAAGGCAAUGGGUAAAGUAAAACCGAAAGCCCUCACCAAACAGUGCUGCUCAAUAAGAACUGCAGCAUUCGGCGUCUUGGUUCUCUCUACAAUAUGCAUGAUAGCGUACGUGAUUCUACACACGAUGGAGCAUGGGCCUGAUGUGAGUCCGAACAGUAAAACGCUGGUUGCACAAUUAUCAAUGGACUCAAAAGUCGACGCAAUGUCCGUUCUAAGUGAACUAUCGGGAUUCAGAGAAACUAAUAUCGAAGAUGUUGGAAAAGAAAAUAUUGUAAAUACCGUGCAUUUUGUUUGGUGCGAAAAAAAAAAACGUUCAAUUUUGCGAAUUAUCUCAGCGUCCUCAGCGUGUGGAAAAGUUUACGACCCGAUAUCAUCGAGUUUCACCAGACUGUGCUACCGACAUACGACAAAUACGACGACUGGUUUGAAGAUUUACGAGCAACCAUUCCAAGUCUUUCUGUUAAACAACUUCCACCAAACUGGGACGGGAAAGAGAUGGGAUGUGGGGUGUUUUCCGGAUUGGCAGUCAUAGACGACAGGGGAGGUAUUUAUGUCGGAAACAACAUUAUUGUCAGCGAUGACAUUUCUUUGUAUCUACGAGACAACAUGACACUCCUAUUUGACACAUCUGCGUCACAUCCGGAAGCCAACCUGGCCGUUGCCAUGGCACACGAUCAUGACCCGGACUUCAAACAGUUUAUGCGCGCGUACGCAAAAUCGAAGACCGUCCCAGAAAAAAUCAAAUUAUGUGGAAACAUCGAGAAAGGACUUAAACUAAACGUCAAUGCACCGUGUUAUGUCAUCGAUACCCAUAUUACCCCGCGUGACAUUUUCGACCUUGACUCUCCUUUCGGGUCUUUGGCCCGGCGCCUGGUGUACGGUUCAGAGGAGAUAAAGCGACCAACGCCGGUAUUGCCAGGAACCAUUCCGAAAAUCGUUCACUAUGUAUGGUUUGGCGUACGGGAGAUGGACUUUAGGAUGUAUUUGAGUAUCCUGAGCGCAUUGUAUAUAGUUAACCCAGACAAAGUGUUCAUACAUGGUGACGGAGGUCUAACGGGCAAGUACCUUGCGAAAAUCCGACACGACAAACGAGUUGUACUUAUAAAGCGCGAGAGACCUUAUGAAGUGUAUAGACACCAGGUGAAAUACAUUGAGCACUCAAGCAACAUAGUGCAAGCGGAAGUGCUACUUAAAUACGGUGGUAUAUACAUGGACUGGGACGCUUUAUGGCUGAAGUCGCCAGAUGAACUGAUUCAAACGGGCUAUGAUGCAAUCGCGAAUUUCGAUCACAUGCAAUAUGGGAAGUUUCCGGAAACUAUCAAUUUGGGCGUUGUAAUGACUAAGCCGAAAUCAACUUUUAUUAAACGAUGGCAGGACGCUCUGCGAAACUUCAAAACAAACGACUAUUUGUACAAUGCUGUCGAACUGCCGUACAAAAUUUACGAGAAGUACCCAGAGUAUCUAUUUAUAGAACGCCACCUUCAGGUCAUGUGUUACGAAUUGAAGUGCCACCCGACGUUCAAGGACAAUUACAAGGAUUUCAUGAACGAGCAAGCGUUUGAUUGGAGGACUGAAGCGGAUGCCCUCCAUUUCACGAUUCCUGAUCCAGAGGAACUGAAAGACGAAAAGAAGUGUCGAAAUGUCGUGGGAAGGUUUGCGGAUAUAUGUCAUCAUAUAUUGAAACAUGAACUUAAAAUACCGUUAACUGUUUGAUGAGUGGUUUUCCGAAAAAAAUACGAUAGGUAUAUACUGAGGUAAAUUUAGAAUUUAGAUGUUAAACUAAAUAUUGUAGAUCUAAUUUUAGCUAGAUAUAUCCAACGAAAAAAAUUCGGUUUAUAGACUAACGAAAUUCCUCUGGUGGGGCUUUCGAGCGGAAUUGCGUUUAGAUGCCGUUAGCUAUUUGCAUAAACGUUUUGUUGUCCUAUCGUAUUAUAUAUUUUUUGGGGCAAUUUUCUUAAACUUGUUUCUUUGGUGGACCUCUACCAAACAGGAACAUAUGGUUCCGUUCCACUGCACAGUAUGGGUGCUAUAUCUUAACAUUUAAAUACUAUUCUAUCACGGCACGUGACUUGUUUUCUAUAUACAAAGAAGGAAGACUACUGAUGGUUAUUACCCCGAUAUACCAACGGUUGUUAAAAGUGACGUCACUUUGAUUGUCCGCGCACUGUUUAUGAAUGAAGACGACGUCAUUUGAUUUAAAUUGUUGUGAUGCCGUCACAUUUUCGCGGAAAAGUGGAGGACGUUCGGUUAAUAUAAUUAUCAUUUAUAACCUUUAAAUCGCGGAUAUUAUUAAUGAAAUCGUGUUAGAAUCGAAAUAAUCGACGGGUAACCAUUGGUUAUUGCGGUAAUAACCAACGGUAUGUCCUUCC